CACUAUUGGUUUAUCUUCAGGAAUCACCUUUCCAUACGUGUUCACAUCCCAUUGGUUUAUCAACCACCGUCCCCCACUCAUAGACGCUUUCGGCUUUUGUUCAAAACUUUAUAAAAUAAAUAUCUCGCACAAAGAGGAAAAACGCAAGAGAGACCUCAACAAACGCCAUGGCUUCACGCUUUACCUUACUCUUCCUUUUCUCCCUCCUCAUCGCGACGUCGUUUACCUACUCCGACGCCGAUGCAGACGCCGACGCGGUCGGAGGCGCCGCCGACAGCGGCGAUCUUCUGAUUCGGCAGGUGGUGGAUCACGGCGAGGAUUUGGGGGCCGUUGACGAGAACACGCUGCUGAACGCCGACCACCACUUCGCGAUCUUCAAGAGGAAAUUCGGAAAGUCGUACGCCACGCAGGAGGAGCACGACCGCAGGUUCGGGAUCUUCAAGGCUAACUUGCGCCGCGCGUGGCGGCACCAGAAGCUCGACCCCACCGCCGUCCACGGCGUCACGCGAUUCUCCGAUCUGACGCCGAGCGAAUUCAGCCGCCAAUUCCUUGGCCUCAACAGGCGGCUCCGCCUCCCUUCCGACGCUAAUAAGGCGCCGAUUUUGCCGACCAAUGAUCUGCCGGCCGAUUUCGACUGGAGAGAACGUGGUGCUGUCGCACCGGUGAAAAAUCAGGGUUCUUGUGGAUCAUGCUGGUCGUUUAGCACAACAGGAGCUCUGGAAGGUGCAAAUUUCCUGGCAACAGGAAAGCUUGAGAGCCUCAGCGAGCAACAGCUUGUGGAUUGUGAUCAUGAGUGUGAUCCCGAAGAAAAGGAUUCGUGUGAUUCUGGCUGCAAUGGGGGACUGAUGAAUAGUGCUUUCGAGUACACACUCAAGUCUGGUGGACUAAUGCGAGAGAAAGACUAUCCUUACACCGGCACUGAUCGUGGGGCUUGCAAGUUUGACAAGUCUAAAAUUGCUGCAAAGGUUGCUAACUUUAGCGUCGUUUCCCUUGAUGAAGAUCAAAUCGCUGCAAAUCUCGUCAAGAAUGGUCCUCUUGCUGUGGCUAUCAAUGCAGUUUUUAUGCAGACGUACGUGAAAGGAGUCUCUUGCCCAUACAUUUGCUCCAAGAGAUUGGACCAUGGAGUAUUGCUCGUUGGUUAUGGGGAAUCUGGGUAUGCACCUAUCAGGAUGAAGGAUAAGCCGUAUUGGAUUAUUAAAAAUUCGUGGGGUGAAAAUUGGGGAGAAAAUGGCUACUACAAAAUCUGUCGGGGCCGGAAUGUUUGUGGAGUGGACUCUAUGGUUUCAACCGUUGCAGCUGUUAGUACUUCUCAUUGAACUAUUUAAGCCACUGAAAUUGCACCCACCUCAUCAAUGUACAUAGGGAGGUGUUCACCGUGUUUUAUCAUGGUUAUGUGAACUAUGUUUAUUGUGUGCUGUUUUAAGACUAAUUCCAGGUGUUUUCACUUUUCCCUGUCAAGAGAGUCAAAUUCUCGUUAUUUAUUAUGGUAUGCUGAAAAUCGAAGUCUCGUUACUCAUAUCAUAAUGAAAGGUUUUACUGUCUUACUGUGCUUGAGAUAUGUUGCCUAUUUUUAUCUCGCUCGAAUAUAAUUUCCAAGUUAUCUCACUAGAUUAUGUAAUGUCUGAGAACACUUGUUACUAUUUCCCGAAUACGUUUAUGUUUUCCCAG